CGACGCUUGAAUGUCCAGAAGACGUACUUGAAACUUUCGCCUGAUAUCCACUAUGGCUGACUCAGCCACGAACGGAAAACUCGACGAGGAGCGCGCUCGCCGACAGAAACGCGCUCAGCUCAAAGAUCUGAACAUAAACCACGCCGGAGAUGAACCUACGAAAGCACUCGACUCAUCUCUCAAGCGCCACACCGCCCUCAUCAAACGCAUAAAGCUCUCCAUCGGCCUCGACAACCGCGACCAGAUCAUCAAAGACGUCGAUACGCUCACGCUCGAGAAAUAUAUCGAUGAGAUCGCCGGCGCCAUUACGGAGGGGAUAGCGAGGUGCAAGCUCGAGAAGGAUAUUUGGAGUGCGACCGAGGUCAUCUCUGCACUUCACAGACGCUUUCCGAAGACAUUUACGCCUGCGCUCAUCGGCCAUCUUGCGGUGGCGCUAGCACCAGCGUCUAAAGCCACACUUGCUGGCAUGGCUCCGGAGCAGAGAGAGAAGGAAGAGGCGGCGCGAGUACAGAGACAGAGACCUAUACUUCGCGUGUGUGCAGAACUUGCGCUGGUUGGAAUCAUACGGGACGCUCCAGGACGUAGCGGCGGAGAGUGGAUGAUCAAGGCGCUCAGAGAUCUACUUUCGAACGAUUCGUCUCUAUCCUCGCUCCCUCUCCUUACGACCUUCCUGAAGUCUUAUGCGCGACCGUUUCUCGGCCUCACACCGCCCGCCACCAAGCAAGUUUCCGCCUCAUCCGAAAACGGUUCCUUAUCCGGAGAGACGGCGGCCAUGCAUCAGAACGGUGCUUUCCCCGCUCUGGCGGACGCGGAUGAAGCGGAUGAACUGGUCGAGAAGGAGAUUAGAGAUCGGUUCAAGAAGAUGUGUGAGGGUUACUUUGAUAGUGUGGCGAAGAAGCUUGUCAUCGAACAUAAGAGGCUUCAAGAGCAAGACAGGAGGAAUCACGAGGCGUAUAUCCGUUCGGGCGAAAUAUUCGAGGAUAGACAACAGGCCUACGAAAAGAUGACGAAGAACUACGAGAAACUGCUCGCGAGCUGUCAAACCCUCUCCGAGCUCCUCUACACCCCCCUCCCAUCCCUCCCGACCUCCUCUCAAACUACCACAUCCAUCCAAAUUGGGACCAACUCCUCUUCUCUCCUCAACUCCGACGAGACAGACGAAAUCACGCUCGGAAUCACGUCGAAAUGGGAAGACGAGGAGGAGAGGCGGUUCUUUGAAGACAUUCAAGACCUACGUGAGCUCGUACCGCGGAGUAUUCUGGGAGUUGAGGAUAGGGGGAAGGAUGGAGAAAAGGGAAAGGAAGAGGAGAAGGAAAAGGAUAGAGAGGAGGAGGAGGAAGAGGCCAAGAAGAGAGAGGAGGAGGAAGUCAGGAAGUUGGAAGAGGAACUGGAGGGGUUGACGACGAAGGUGAAGGAGGGAGGUGUGGCGCAGAAUGGUAACGCUGCCUCAAGGGCUGAAGAGGUCGCAGAUGAAGACAUUGAAGAUGAGGGUACCGCCACCCCCAUUCCCGGAACGCCCAAGGAGACGUCUCCUCCUGGUUCGCCGACACUAGCCCCACAAGGUCCUUCGCAGCUCCUCACGGCAUUGCUCGCAAGAUUGCCCGACUGUACGAAUCGGAGCUUGCUCGAUAAUGUGGCAGUGGAGUUCGCGUUCUUGAACUCGAAGGCGGCGCGGAAGAGGCUCGUCAAGUUCUUGACGCAGGUGCCGAAGAAUCGAACGGAUUUGUUGCCGCAUUAUUCGAGGCUCAUAGCGACGCUCGCGCCGUUCAUGCCGGAUAUUGUGACGGACAUUUUGGCUUAUUUGGACGAAGAGUUCAGGUACCUGCAGAGGAAGAAGAAUGUAGUCAAGGAGCUCGCAGACACCCGUAGGAAGAACAUCACCUUCCUCUCGAACCUCACCAAGUUCAAAGUCGUCCCACCUCACCUCAUUCUACACAUGUUCAAAGUCUGCCUGGACGACUUCUCCGGCACGAACCUCGACAAUAUCGCCCUCCUCCUUGAGGGCUGUGGCCGCUUCUUACUCCGCAACGAAGAGACGAAGCAGCGGUUCGCGACGAUGCUCGAGCUGAUGAAGCGCAAGCAGAGCAUGCAGCAUUUCGACCAACGACAGCUGCUCAUGCUCGAGAACGCUUACUACCAGGCCAACCCGCCCGAACGGGCUCCUCGCCAGGAGAAAGAGCGCACGCCGAUGGAACUGUUCAUAAGGCAUCUCAUCCACGACGUCCUUUCGAAGAAGAGCAUUGACAAAGUCCUCAAGCUCCUCCGGAAGCUCGACUGGACAUCACCCGCCGUGACCUCCACUUUACACAAAGUGUUCACGAAGCCGUACAAGCUCCGAUACUCCAAUAUCGCACUGCUUGCGAUGUUGACGUAUGACUUGCAGCGGUAUCACCCGGAGUUUGCGAUCGGUGUGGUGGAUCAGGUGGUGGAGGAUGUGAGGCGGGGGCUGGAGAGUAAUGUGUAUAAGGAGAAUCAGAGGAGGGUGGCGGUGUGUAAGUAUCUGGGCGAGUUGUAUAUCUAUAGGUUGAUUUCUAGUGGGUUGGUUUUUGAUACGUUCUGGGGGUUGGUCACUUUUGGGCAUCCGGAAGGGCAUCCGCUGCCGAUGUUUCCUUGUCCGGUGGAUAUGCCGGACGACUUCUUCCGCGUGCGGCUCGUGUGCGUGCUACUGGAUACGUGUGGGAUGUGCUUCGAUAGGGGCUCGCAGAAGAAGAAGUUGGAUAAUUUCCUGACGUUCUUCCAGUACUACAUCCUUUGCAAAGAACCGUGGCCGAUGGACGUCGAGUUCAUGGUGACGGAUUCCAUUGAGGCUAUCCGUCCAAAGUUGACUUUGUUCAAGACUGUCGACGAGGCCGCGACCGCGGUCGACGAGAUGUUUGCUAACGCGUAUCAGACGGCUGGUCUCACCGCAGGAGAAGGCGACGGUGAUGACAGUGGCGAAGACAGCGGCGACGAAGCCGAACGACCCGGAGAUGAAGAAGAUGCAGAAGAGGAAGAAGACAACGCCAAUACGAAUCCGAACGAACUUGAAGAUCGCGGACCCUCGCCUGAACCUGAGAUCGUCGUUACCUCCUCUCAGGAGAACCUUGGCCCCUCUGAGGAAGAAGACUCGGAGUUCGCGAAGGAGCUCGCAAAGAUGGUCGUCGAUACAUCUACUGAGUCGAGGAAGGUGGAUCGGAGGACGGCGCAGGCGCUAUGGGAGAGCGCGGUGCUGCCGCAGAAUUUGAAGAAGAAGAAGGUGGGAGGAGUGGGAGGAGGCGUUGAAGAUGGGAUCGGCGCCGGUGUUGGUGCUGAGGGAGACGGAGAGGAGACGGAGGUGAUACAGGGCUCGGAGGGAGCUGGAGUCAUGAAUUUCACGGUGAUCACGAAGCGGGGGAAUAAGCAGCAGACGAGACAGUUGGCGAUUCCAUCCGAGAGUGCUCUUGCGGUGCAGACGAGGACGGCGCAGAUGCAGGAUAAGGUCGAGCAGCAGCACUUGAAGAGGCUGGUGUUGAACUACGAGCAAAGGGAGGAGGCGGAGGAGUUGAAAGCGCUCGAAAUGAAGAGUCGACCCGUCAAGAUCCGUCUCGCGGGAUAACAUGUCGCCGGAUAAAUGGCCCUCAAAGUCUGUUUCUCCAGCGACGAGCAGUGGUUCUUCUCCGUUCAUCUCUAUCUCAAUCCGAGGGAGAGCGUGCCAGCCGGUCGACUCGACUCCGCCAGCCCCCGACAUGGCAGGCAGGCUCUCCCUCACAUCGCCUGCUAUCCCCUUGGCCUGUGUAGCCUCCAGCGCCCUCGCUCCGUCGCCUCCCGUUGUCAUUCGACACCACAGUGCGACGUACGUCCUGCCAUGGCCACACCCUUUCCUCACUCCAGUUCCUGGGUCACCGCUGGCCGGCCAGGAACGUAGUCGAGAAGUACAGCUUCCGCCUCUUUUUUGAGACCUACGGAGGACGCUUAGGCUGGUUGGUCUGGGGCGGCAGUCGUGUAGGCAGGGCUUCACUUACAUACUGUCC